AUGCAAUUAUUUAAUCUCAGUGCCACUUUAAAUGUUUCAAGAUUACUAUAUAAUCCAGCAUUAUGCUUACCACAUAUAACUGUUAAAUCUUUUGAUCAAUUGACCAUCCCAUUUAGAAUUCCUAAUCAUGAAGAUGUUAAAAUUAAAGGUGUUGUUUUAGAUAAAGAUAAUUGUUUUGCAAAAGAUCACGAUGAUAAAGUUUGGCCUGAGUAUGAGCAAACUUGGCAAAAAUUAAUAGAUACUUAUCCAGCUGCAAAUUUAUUGAUUGUUAGUAAUUCUGCUGGUACAAAUGAUGAUAUUAAUCACGAACAGGCUCAGAUUUUAGAAUCUAAAACAGGAGUUACGGUUUUGAGACACUCAAUUAAAAAACCAGGAUGUUAUGAAGAAAUAUUAUCUUAUUUCAAAAAAUUGAAUGUAAAACCUAAUGAAAUCUUAGUAAUUGGUGAUAGAUUAUUUACUGAUGUAUUAAUGGCUAAUUUAAUGGGUAGUUGGAGUUGUUGGAUUAAUGAAGGUGUUGAAUUAAGUAAUAAAAUUUUCCCAAAAUUAGAAAGACAAGUUUAUCAAAAUUUAGUUUCAAGUAGGGAGGAUGAUCCUUGGAAACCUCCAAUCCCAAUUGAGAAAUGA